UUAACACCGUAGGGGAAGACAUUAAAAUCUGCGUUGCUCCUCGGCUCUUAUGGGACUGUGAAAGUCAAGAAAGGCAUGACAGUUUCCAUUCUUUUAUUCCAGCCUUAGCUACGGGGUGGAAUAGAGGGGCGGGAUUCAGCCGGCAGUUGAGGGAAGACCUGGCCGGCUAGAUGCAAGGUGAAUUGGGAGUUGUAGUGCCAUCGGGCAGGGCUGGGCGGCAACGAUUUUUUUUUUCCUGGGCACACUGGGAAUUGUGGUUUAUCCUCUUUGGACUAGUUGCUGCACCACACCUGUUGGUGUUCAGAUGGAGCAGGACACUAGUCAUCCAACUAACAGAAAAGUUCCAGCCAAAGAGGAGGGUAAUGCUGUGCCUCUUUGUAGAGCAAAACCAUCCCCCAGCUAUAUUAAUCUUCAAGCAAGUUCCCCACCAGCUACUUUCCUGAACAUCCAGACAACAAAGCUGCCCUCAGUUGGCCACAAGCCCAAGGAAUGCCUAGGACUCCUAGAAUGUAUGUAUGCCAAUCUCCAGCUUCAGACUCAGCUCGCCCAACAACAGAUGGUUAUUUUGGAAAAUUUGCAAGCAUCCGUGACACAACUGGCUCCUGAGAGGGAAAGUAAGAACUCUUCCCUCCCAUCUUUAUCUCAUCAUCUGUUGUUAAAUCACCUGCCCCAAUUCAGUAAAUGAAUUUUGGAAC